AUGGCUGAUAAUCUAACUGAAGAACAAAUUGCUGAGUUCAAGGAAGCCUUCUCCCUCUUCGAUAAGGACGGUGAUGGAACCAUUACCACCAAAGAGCUUGGUACUGUCAUGAGAUCACUCGGACAAAACCCAACUGAAGCUGAGCUCCAAGAUAUGAUCAACGAAGUUGAUGCUGACGGUAACGGCACCAUUGAUUUUCCAGAGUUCCUUUCCCUCAUGGCAAGAAAGAUGAAGGACACUGAUACCGAGGAGGAACUGGUAGAAGCCUUCAAGGUCUUCGACAGAGAUGGAAACGGUCUCAUCUCAGCUGCUGAGCUUAGACACGUCAUGACAAAUCUCGGAGAAAAGUUGACCGACGAGGAGGUCGAUGAGAUGAUUAGAGAGGCUGAUGUUGACGGUGAUGGUCACAUUAACUACGAAGAAUUCGUCAGAAUGAUGAUGGCUAAGUGA